UCAGCGGAUCCGAAAUUUAGUGGGCCUAUAAAUAAUGCAACAGCUCCCGUUGGACGUGAUGUGACUCUCACUUGUGUUGUUCAUGAUUUAAUGUCAUUUAAGCUUGCUUGGCUACGAGUCGACACACAAACCAUUCUCAGCAUACAAAACCACGUAAUCACAAAGAACCAUCGCAUUGGCAUCAGUCACACGGAACAUCGAAUCUGGCAGCUGCGUAUCCGAGAUGUUCGCGAAUCAGAUCGUGGAUGGUAUAUGUGCCAAAUAAAUACGGAUCCAAUGAAAAGUCAAGUCGGCUAUCUAGAUGUCGUGGUUCCACCUGACAUCGUUGACUAUCAAACCAGUCACGAUAUGAUCGUCCAAGAGGGACAAAACGUGAGUUUAACAUGCACCGCGACAGGUGUGCCAACACCCACGAUAACUUGGCGACGCGAACGUGAUAUACCACUGCUGCAGAAUAUUGGUGGAACUGAUAUUUACAGUAUCGAAGGUUCAAAUUUGACACUGUGGCAGGUAUCAAGGGAGAGCAUGGGAGCCUAUUUGUGCAUAGCCUCAAAUGGAAUACCACCUACUGUAAGCAAACGAGUGCUCAUAGCUGUUAAUUUUGCACCAAUCGUUUGGACGCGUUAUGACACCAUAUUUGUUAGCUAUGGCCAGAAAGUGACACUUGAGUGUAUUUCAGAAUCACAUCCGACUACGGUGAACUUCUGGCUAAAAGAAAAAGAUUUCGUACAGAGCGGUAUCUACGAAUCGGUGUCUUUGGAUAACAUUUUCAGAAUUGUGAUGCGAUUGGUUAUACGACCCAUGGAGCUGAGCGACUUUGGUGAUUAUCAUUGUGUGGCCAAAAAUUUGAUGGGUGAAUCAGAGCGGAUUAUAUCAGUGCUGCGUAAAACCAAAAAGAAUGUGCAUCACUCUCAUCAACUGGAUCGAAAGGACAAUCAUCUCAUUUUGAUAAAAGGCAAGUGAAUUUCUCUUGAGUUCUUGCGGUUGAUAUAAUAUUA